AUGAUUCCGACAGCUUCAUUUUACUUUCCAAAUCCAGGAGGAUUAGACAUGGGCAUUGGCCCGGAAAUCUUCAAUGCACCAUAUGUUCCCCCUGGAUCUGUCAAUGUUCCAGAAUUCACUACAGAAACCCACAAAACUGUAUCAAAUGCUCAUGAUGAAAAUGGGUUCGCAGAUCUUACACAUCCUCAGUUGGCGGCGGUAGUGGGUGGGUCUGUAGCUAUAAGUACUGCUCUCGUUGCACUUGGUCGACUCGGAUAUCGAGCCUACCUGAAGUAUGGAAGAAAACCGACUAUUCCUGAGUCAAAGACUUCAGAUCUAGAGAUGGCGGAGCCUGGGGCAAUAACCUCGGUUUCAAAGGUGGAUAAGCCAUCUGCACCUCUAGAUACAAUCGGCGACAUGCGCGAUCAGUUUUAUGUAGAAGAUGUGUGUUAUGCAAAAAUUCAAUAUGGAUGUGGUGACGUUUUACGGCCUACGCAAGAGGAGUUUGUAUCUCUCAGACAAGGGACAAAGAUAUCUGCCACAGGAAGUGAUCAACCAAGAUAUCAAGGUGACUCUUCGAUAUUGAGAGAAAGCUUGAAACUCUCAAUACUCAAGUUGUUAGGGCUUUCAUUACAAGAAGUCUUUGUUUGGAAUGAUCCGCGCGCAGAUGGUCAAUCUAUCUUUGAAAAAAGGUAUUGUUCGUUUGUCAGAAUAGCAGAUCCUCGUGAUGAAAUCCACUAUCCUUAUUCGGGACUCUCACGAUACAAGGUCGAAGGUUUAACUGUAGACUCAACCCUCCAAUGA